UGGUGGUGUCAGUGGUGGUACCACCCCCACGACGUCAUCCCAAUCUCCCCACGUUGCAGGCUCUAGGGGGCUUUGUCGCUAUUUCUGGGAGACGGCGUCGCACUCCUUCGAAAAAACAACAUUUAAUAUAUCCGCCAUUGACGUCCUUCACUACCAGCCCCAGACAAGUCAAACUCCGACAUCCAUCGAUCCCUUCGCUUUCUUCACUUCCGUAUCCCUUCGCAAGCGUCGUCGUCGUCCAUGGUCCAAACCCUGGAACAUUAUUCAUUUCGACCAUCCACUGUCAUAUACCUACCUGUCGGGAAAAUUACAGCCUUUAUUUUCCUGCCCGCGCCAUUCCGACCAACCAUUAACUACUUCUUCGAGCUUUACCUCCCUUCUUUGCUUACUCAGAACGACGACUGUCUACAAAAAUACCUUUCACUCCAGAAUCAAAAGGAGCAACUACUACAAAAAUCUUCAAUAGCUUUCACGUGCCCCUUUGCCGCGUCACCACCGGAAUGGAGCUCUACCCAGUCAACGCCUAUGGGAUUUCGUUCGGGCUAUGACUUCCCGCCGUCAUACCACGAAUCGCACCCAACAUCUACUCCGACUUCGUAUCCUGCUCCUACUCACACCUCUCGCGCUCGGAGUGUCAGCGACCCAGACGUGGAUAAUGAGAAUAGUCGAGCGCUUUACCAUAUCAACCAGCAGAUCAAGGCUGCCCUUACAGAGCUCCUCAACACCGACUCUGUCCGUACCAACGACAACUACCGUAUGUUUGUGCAAGGCAAGCUUAUGGACGCCGAGAUGGAGAUGAAAGGUCAACGACGUCGUCGCAGCAGUGAAGCUUCGUCUGUGUUUCUGUGUCUUGUAUCAUCACCCAUUUGGACUUCUGCUGUACAAUAUUUACGACUUUCAUUGUUGGUUGGCGUGGACGGUAUCUACUGGUGGCACAUAUGGCAUAUCUGCGAUGAAUCAAUGGAACCACGCUCGAUGCGUGCUUGUAAACCUUCCUCUUCAAGUCAAAAACUUGACCGGCCGGUGUAGGCGUAUAUCGGAUUUCUCUUCACCGCGCCCGGUCUGUAUGGACGACUAAAGGCGUUGAAGUCGUACAGCCUGCGACCAAUAGCGUCACGGCAUUUACGGAGCGUUUUCCUUGUUCUGUUCACCAAUCAGGCGACGUCGUGUGGGCAUUCUAUAGCUCUUUCCUAGUUAGCGAAUAUACCCUCUCAAUUUCCAUUAUGAUUACCCAUCAUGUUCUUCCCCACACAAACGUACCCGCAUCCACGAUAUGUAAUUAUCUAUCACAGAGACCACGCAAUACCAAGAAACGCAUCCGAUGAAUGCA